AUUAAAUUAAUAAUGGACUCUGGAUGGGCCCCGCAUGUCCCCGUCCUUGAUGCAAUCGGCGGAGUAUCUUUCACUCAACAGCAAGUUGUUGAAUGAACAUACUAAUCGGCUUAUGUCUGCAGCCGAUUAAUUCAACUGGAUCCUGGAUGGGCGGCAGGUCGUCUUCCUCGAACCAAUCGGCAGCGUUUCCAUUCCUCCACACCAGUUUCAUUUCCUCAAUAAAUAGGACAGCCGAAUCCGCUAAUUGCCCACAUCCGCAAAUUAAAUUCUAACUAAUUCCGGCGGUUUCAAAUUUUUAUCUUUCCCCAUAUGGCUACUUCCUUAAUUUCUCGUUUUCAGGAUGAGACUUCCGCCGCCUCACUGUGGGCAAUAACCGCCGCAAUAAUAAUCUCCGCCGGAAUCUGGCUACAUCGGAGUCUCCGAAGAUUCAAAUCGCCGCAGCCGCCGCCGGGUCCACGGGGGCUGCCCAUCGUCGGCUACUUGCCGUUCCUCCGCAGCGACAGCCUCCACCGGCAGUUCGCGGACCUGGCCGAGGCCCACGGCCCAAUCUACAAACUGAAGGCCGCCAACAAAUCGAUGAUCGUGGUCAGCUCCCCGGCCCUGGCCAAAGAAGUCAUCCAGGCCCAUAAGUCCACAUUCUCGACCCGCCUGGCCCCUGUCGUGGCCAAGAUUUUCUCCUACGACGGGAACGAAGUCGCGAUGCUGCCUUACGGGCCGGAUUGGGCCGCGAUGCGGAAGGUCCUGGCCCGCGAGGUUGUCAGCAACCAGGCCCUGGACGCGUGUCGUGCGCUGAGAGAAGGAGCGGUUUUGACGGGAAUACGGGCGAUUCGGGCCGGCGAGCCGACGGGAGUGUUCGAGGCGGCGUCCAAGAUGGUCGUCGACUCGACCCUGGCUAUGUUGUGGGGCGGCGGCGGAAGCGAAUCCGAGGGAGGAGGAGCGCCGAUCUUUGCGGCGGAGUAUCGGCAGGCGAUUGGCGAGAUGACGGUGCUGUUGGGGCGGCCGAAUGUCUCCGACGCGUUUCCCCUGCUUACUAGGUUUGAUUUGCAGGGGAUUCAGGGGCAGGCGACCAAGCUCGCCAAGCGUUUCGAUUGCAUCAUUACUUCUGUAAUUGAACGACGGCUGAAAGAUUUGGAGGGAAAGGAAGGAAUGGUGUUCAAGGAUUUGCUUCAAAUUUUGCUGCAAGUUCAGGGCCGUGCAGAUGCAACCGGGAGAUUGCUGAGUGAUUCGUUCGUUCAUUUUAAAGGCUUGGUCUUGGACGUAGCAAGCGGUGGCUCAGAUCCAGCAACAACUUUAAUCGAGUGGGCGAUGACGGAGCUUCUAAACGACGAGAAAGUAAUGACAAAAGUUGUACAAGAAUUAGAUCAAGUCGUGGGACCAAACAACGUAGUAGAAGAACAUCAUCUGAAAGAGCUUAAUUACCUGAACGCCGUCGUUAAGGAAACUUGCCGGUUACACGUGGGGAUCAUGGCUCGGCUGGCCAGUCAACCCUGCACCGUCGCCGGCUACGCGGUUCCAAAGGGAGCUACAGUUUUCAUCAACGCUUGGGCCAUACACCGAGACCCAGAGUUUUGGGCCGAUCCGCUGCAGUUCAAGCCCGAGCGGUUUCUGGACGGCGGUGGAAAUGGGCCCAGGCUGACUUUCGUGGGCAGCAGCUUUCAGUUCCUGCCGUUCGGUUCCGGGGAGCGGAUGUGCGUCGGGUAUAACUUGGCGGAGAGGCUCAUGAACCAUGUGCUGGCGUCGAUGUUGCAUUCUUUUGAGUGGAAGCUGCCGGCCGGCGAGGAGAAGCCGGAUUUUUCAGACAAGUUCGGUCCGUUCGUGAAGAAGGAACAGCCUUUGGUUGCUAUACCGCUCCCCCGCCGGAUGUGUAGUGUGGAAUGAUUUGGAGCUGUGAAGUACAGUUGUAAUAGAAGCCAGUCCUGUUUGUGUUACCUAAACAAUGGCCGGGCAAGUUUCCCUUUUAAUAAGUCGGUAGACAAUGAAAGUUAGCCGAACUAUGGCAAUCAGGAGCUGUUGUUGUGAUCUAAGUCCUAUAUAUUUAAAUCGUGGAUCCAUUCGAACUAGGUUACACACAUUUUUCUGUUUUAAAAAAUAUAUGUUGAAUUACCAUUUAUGCAGUGGCGGAUCUAGGGCUGGGCCACCCGGGCCCCGGCCCAGCCCUCUUGCGGUUCCGAAUUGGUAUAGUACAUAUGAAUUUUUUCGAUAUUAGGUGUUCGGUCUAGUGCUAUUUAAAUUUGGUCCAAUAUUAUUUGAUAAUAGGAUUUUGUGUAACUUGAAAAAUAGUAUAGAUGAACAUAUCCAAACCACUACUCUCAAUUUAGACUAAAAAUUCUAGCCCAAAUCAUUUUCAUUUGAAAAGAAUAAAAUGAACAAUGAAACUUAAAAGUCUUA